CGGCGCCCAAUUAGGGCGCGCUAAUUGCUUCGAGUUUGGGCCGAGGCAGGGUUCGGGACUUUAGGCUGGUAGUACUUAGUGUCACAAUGUUUGGGAACCUAUUCGAAGAGGAUGAUUCCAGUGUACCAAAAAUUCAGUAUUCCAGUGUGGAAAGAGGAUAUUUCCAGUAUGGUAAAGGAAAGAAGUCACAGAUCAAAGCUUUGGAGCCACCUGCUCCUAGAGAAUUCACCAAAUUAAGUGGAAUCAGAAAUCAGGGUGGAACUUGUUACCUCAAUUCCCUUCUUCAGACUCUUCAUUUCACACCUGAAUUCAGAGAAGCCUUAUUUUCUCUUGGUCCGGAGGAGCUUGGUUCUUUAGAAGAUAAGGAGAAUCCUGACACAAAGGUCCGAAUCAUCCCUUUACAGUUACAGCGGUUGUUUGCUCAGUUGCUGCUCUUAGACCAGGAAGCUGCAUCCACCGAGGAUCUCACCAACAGCUUUGGGUGGACAUGCAAUGAGGAAAUGAGGCAACACGAUGUGCAGGAGCUGAAUCGAAUUCUCUUCAGUGCUUUGGAGACAUCUUUAGUUGGGACCUCUGGCCACGACCUCAUUAAUCGUCUGUAUCAUGGCACCAUUGUUAACCAGAUUGUUUGUAAAGAAUGUCAGAACGUCAGUGAAAAGCAGGAAGAUUUCUUAGAUCUAACUGUAGCAGUCAAAAACAUUUCCAGUCUGGAAGAUGCACUUUGGAACAUGUAUGUGGAAGAGGAAGUCUUUGAGCAUGACAAUUUGUACCAGUGUGGUGCCUGUGAGAGGCUGGUUACUGCAGCAAAGUCGGCCAAAUUACGGAAGCUCCCUCCUUUUCUGACUGUUUCAUUGUUAAGAUUCAACUUUGAUUUUGUGAAGUGUAAGCGAUACAAGGAAACUAGCCGUUAUACCUUCCCUCUGCAGAUCAAUCUCAAGCCCUUUUGUGAACAGAGUGAACUGGAUGAUGUAGAUUACAUGUAUGAUCUCUUCUCAGUUAUUAUACACAAAGGUGAUUGCUAUGAAGGACAUUAUCAUGUGUAUAUUAAAGAUGUUGAUCAUUUGGGAAAUUGGCAAUUUCAAGAAGAAAAAAGUAAGCCAGAUAUGAAUUUGAAUGAAGAAGAGAUUGAUGAUCCAUUGAUGAUUUUAAAGGCAAUAUUACUAGAGGAGGAGAAUAAUCAAAUUCCUGUUUAUCAACUGGGCCACAAGAUCUUGAAAAAAAUAGGCGUAUCUUGGAACCAGAAGUUCAGGAAGCAGGUUGGACCUUUGCGGAAGUUCUUACAGCUGCAUUCACAGACAUUUCUGCUUAGUUCAGAUACAAAUACUGUCAGUCUACUGAAGAACCAGGAGUCCCAGCCUGAGUCAACACCACAGAAGCCUGAUCCUCAAGGUUGCAAGACACUUCCUUCAGAGUCCCUGGGAGUGAAAGAUCCAGGCUCCUGCCCACACUGGUUUGAUAUAAAUGACUCUAAAGUUCAUCCCAUUGAGGAAAAGGACAUUGAACAGCAGUUUCAAGGAAAAGAAAGUGCCUACAUGUUGUUUUAUCGGAAAUCCCAAUUGCAGCGGCCUUCUGAAGCCUAUGCCAAUCCCCGGUUCGGGGUCCCUUGUCACUUGCUCAGAGAGAUGGACACAGCCAACAUGGAGCUGCAGACCAAAAGGGCAGAGUCUGAUUCUACUAGCAACAGUUUGCAAUUAUGUCUCCACCUGGGCACACACUAUAUUUAUAGUUACUACGAGUGCGCUCUGUGCCAGACAUCAUCUAAAAGCGUACGGAACCUGACUUUUGACCAAAGGAAAACUUUAGGAGACCUUCGGCAGUCCGUUUUAAAGCUGUUUGAGUUUUGGGAAGGAGAUAUGGUUCUGAGUGUCGCCAAGUCCACUCCAGUGGGACUCCAUGUCUGCCGGAAUCUCCAUGGAGAUGACCUGACUCUGAGUGAUGUAGGAAUUACUGAUCGUGCGAACAUCUUCGUCUGGAAUGGUGUGGAGGUUGGCGGAGUCCCCCUCCCUAUUGGUUAUGACUGUGAGCCACUGCUUCUGAACAUCGUGCGGCGAUGUGAAGACUGUCAAUGGGAAUCUGUGCUCAUUAUCGCCGGCAACGCUGAUCUGGGUGCUGUGUCUGCAGCCAGAGACAUCCCACUGGGCAUCGUGUUCAUCAAGACAAAGCCUAUGGGCCAGAAAAACUGGACCCUCAUUUCCAAGAGGGACAUGCGCAAGACUCUCCUAGACCUCGGGCUAAGAAAUGGAAGUUCAAUCCUGUUUCAGGACGCUGUUCGGGGUGAUUACAGAUUGUUUUCUGAACGAGGAGGGUGGAGCCCUCCAAUGGAUGGACACAACGGGCUGCUAAUAAAAAAUAUGUGCCCAUUACACUCUGAAAAGCAGCAAGUAGAACUAUGGGUGUCUUCUAGCAGCGUGGUGUUUGAUAUUCGAAUUAAAGCCAUAGAGGAAUUAAAAUUUAUGAAGGAACUAGCCGACAACAGCUGUUUGAGGCCUUAUACUAAAGAUGGGAAACUACUCUGUCCAGUGCCCGAACAAUGUACAGUCUGGGAAGCAAAGCUGAGGCUGGGGAGUACACUGGGGCUGUGUCCCGGGUCUGCACCGACCCCCUCGCAGCUUUUCCUGUUUUUCAUUGUUGUGUGUGAUGUGCUCCCUAAUAUGGAGAAGGAGAUCAUCGUGGAGGAGACUGUGUCUGUGAGGACGUGUAUAAAGAUGAUGCUGAAGAUAUCUGGCCUACGAGGAGACAAUUGGCAUUUACGAGAAUUGGAUUGGUGCAAUGAAGCCGGAGAGCCUUUGUCUGAUGAAGAUGCGCUGCUGAAAGACCUGAUGAUAAGUUCCGGAGACACUUUGCUUUUAAUCCAUGGGAAUCUCCCUCCUCCGUGCUUCCUGAAGGUGCCUGUGUGGUGGUAUGAGCCUCGGAAUCCCUAUAAUCAUUGGUCAAAGCAUCAGAACCUGACGAGCUACACGCCUUCUCACAUCAAGAUCUGGGAUUUAGCUGAACAAGUUUCAUUUCCUGUUAUGACAUCCCAAGAACCUCCCCUCCAGUACCUGGGCGAUUUGAGGAUCUCCGAGAAUGCCACGCUGGAGGAUCUCAAGUCUCAGGCAAUGACCUUGCCCUCCUGGGUGUUCGUCAUCCCAUCCCCCAUUUGCCUCAGAGCCUGGACAGUGGAGAACAGUCGCCCCAAUCAGCUCUUACGUCUCAACCAGCAACCGCUCAGGGAUUAUAAGCUGGGAAGGAAAAAUGAGAUCUGCCUAGAGCCCCUUGAGAAAGAAGAAAACUUGGGCCCCCAUGACAUGGUGCUGAGGAUGUGGCAGCUCCUGCCCGGGGGACAGGACAACUGGCUUUUUGAGGACCUGGUAUGGGACACGACCCAGGGCUGCACAGCCAGUUCCCUCCAGCAGCAUGUCGCCAAUAUCUACAAGCUCCCAGUGGAGAAGACAGAAAUUGCCAAAUACUUCCCGCACAGGCUGUGGAUGCCGUUGUCCUCCCGGCAUCAACAAAGUACCAAGAGGAAAAAGAAGAAAAAGCAAAAAAGUUUGCAGUUGGCACCUUAUUAUCUGAAAGAUGGAGAUACAAUUCGAGUCAUGAACCUCCAGAAGAUGGUGGAAGAUGAUUUCAGCACCCACAAAGACAAUGCUGAGAAAGAGAAACAGAAACUGUCUCCUGGACACAAGAGCCAAGCAGCCCUUCGUGUGCCCAGCAAUGACAUCUCCGAAGAAGCUAAGUGGCCUCAUGGGCCAGAAGCUUCUCUAUCCAUCCAUGUUGGGACCUUCAGAUAGAGCUACCGCCACAGCCCUGUCUCAGGAUCCUGCAGAUGCUGCACCCCUAGUACGGGGCCACUGGUGUCAGUGGGACAAGGCACUGGCCCUGCAGCACAGGCCCGGCCCCACAGACCCUGCGGCGCACAGGCUCUCCGCACCUUGUGAACUCGAG